AGCUUCUCACCAGAGAGAGAGGGCCCUUGAGUCAGAAGCUAUACCUGACUGCCCAGAACUGCAGCAGCAAGGGUAUCUUGGUGCCCUUGAGACCACAGACUAUCAAGGGACUACAAGAGCAGGACUCAGUAAUAUAAUAAAGUGCUGAACUUGGAGUCAAGAAGACCUGAAUUCAAGUCCUGCCUCUGCCACUUACUAGCUGUGUGAGUCUGGGUCUGCCCGUCUGCCAUGACCCUCCCCGUGCCACAUCCACCUCGGCGGGUGAGACUCAAGCCCUGGCUGGUGGCCCAAGUGAACAGCUGCCAGUACCCAGGCCUUCAGUGGGUUGAUGACAAGCGCAAGUUCUUUUAUAUCCCAUGGCGCCAUGCUACCAGGCAUGGCCCCGCCCAGGAUGAGGAUGAUAACACCAUUUUCAAGGCCUGGGCCAAGGAGACUGGGAAGUACACAGAAGGCGUGGAUGAGGCAGAUCCUGCCAAGUGGAAGGCCAACCUGCGCUGUGCCCUCAACAAGAGCCGAGAGUUCCGCCUCUUUUAUGAUGGGCCCAGAGACAUGCCGCCCCAGCCAUACAAGAUCUACGAGGUUUGCGCCUCCUGCUCUGCUCCCGCAGAGUCCCUUCCUGGUGAAGAAGAUGAGGAAGAUGACGAGCUACAAAAGAUGUUGCCAACUCUGAGACUCACAGAAGUACCACAACCCGCCCCCUCCAUGGUCCCCUAUUCUUUGCCGAAGGAAGAACAGAAGUGGCCAUCUACCAGUCUUCAGCCAUCUCUUGGGAUGGGCCACUCCCCGCCUGAGCCUCCGGUCUUGGCCCCUCCAGCUGGCCCCCCUGCUAAUUAUGGGGAAAUGCUCCCCGGAGGCCUUCCAGGCUUGCCCCCUGAGCCGCUGGCUGCCAACCUGGCUCCCCCUGCAGAACAACUGCUUCCCGAUCUGCUUAUAAGUCCCCACAUGUUGCCGUUGACUGACCUGGAGAUCAAGUUCCAGUACCGAGGCCAGCCACCCUAUUCCCUCACCAUCAGCAACCCCCAGGGUUGCCGCCUCUUCUACAGCCAGCUGGAGGCGACCCAGGAACAAGUGGAGCUCUUCGGCCCGGUCAGCCUGGAGCAGGUGCGCUUUCCUGGCCCAGAGGGCAUCCCCAGUGAGAAGCAACGCUUCUACACCCACCAGUUACUAGACGUGCUCGACCGAGGGCUCAUCCUGCAGCUCCAGGGCCAGGAUCUCUAUGCCAUCCGCCUUUGCCAGUGCAAAGUGUUCUGGAGCGGGCCUUGUGCCAGCCCCUCCGCCACACCGAGACCCAUCCAGCGAGAGAAGAAGACCAAGCUUUUCAGCCUGGAACAGUUCCUCAACGAGCUGAUCCUGUUCCAAAAGGGCCAGACCACGACCCCACCGGCCUUUGAGAUUUUCUUUUGCUUUGGGGAAGAGUGGCCAGACAGAAAGCCAAAAGAGAAGAAACUCAUUACAGUGCAGGUGGUACCGGUAGCAGCCCGACUUCUACUAGAGAUGUUCUCAGGGGAGCUUUCCUGGUCGGCGGACAGCAUCCGGCUGCAGAUCUCAAACCCAGACCUGAAGGACAGGAUGGUGGAGCAGUUUAAGGAGCUCCAUCACAUCUGGCAACGGCAGCAGCGCCUGCCACCCGCUCCCUCUGCGCCUCCUGGACAGGGCCUUCCCACUGACAGCCCCUGGCCCAUCCACCAAGUGGGCAUGCACCAGUGAAGAGGCAGCUCCUCACCCAUCCCUCACUUAUACCAGAGCUGACCCCAGUGUGCCCAAGGCCCAUGGUCCAGGCCUUGUCCGCUGA